AUGCCGUUCCAUCCUUGGUGCUUCGAUAUCUUCUGCCGUCAAUCCAAAGCUCGGUUCAACCGUAUCAAUAUACCAGGACUUAUGACGUGGCGCAAUGCCGAGUUCUCCUACAGCGACUUUCGCAAGUUUCCUCGGUCAGAAGACGUUCGCAAAAGCCGAGACCAGUUCUGGCAGCAUUUACCAGGCAAGGAGUAUCUAGCCGCCAAUCCACUUUACGUGCCAGGUUUACCGACCAUUUUGCUAAAUGCAGCCAAAAAGGAAGAAGACUUAUCUCACGGCGGAAUAGAGGAAUCCGAACUUCUGAAGAGACCCCACGCUUCAUUGCUGAUUGGUCGUGAUGAUGUGUUUGAUUCUAUGCCACUUGAGAUAUGUCUACUAAUAGUCAGCUUCCUGAAUGGUAGCGACCUCAAUAGCCUAAGGAUAGUUUCCAAGACGUUUACCAGACUUCCAAAUAGUGUUUGGCAUCAACUUGUCCGAGAGGAGAUGCCCUGGCUAUGGGAGUCUUGUGACGACGGCAAGGAAGUCCACGUUCCUUCAUUCUGGACAGCAGUGACAAAAAGUUCUCUGAAGUUGUUCAAAGAAGAACGAGAGCACUAUUCUUUACUCCUGGAAGAUGUUUAUACUCCAACUAGCGAGGUAGUUGAUUUCCUGCUUCCAUUUCCAAAAGAGGUACCCAACCAGCUGCAGCUCUCGAGAAGAAAUACAAAUUGGCACGGGGUUUACACACAGAUCAAGAAAAGUUGGAGCAGUCUUAGGGGGGCUACAGAAUCGACAGCGGAUCUGGAAAGAUGUGAAAGAGAUUAUCAAGCGGAUUGA